AUGUGUCUAUGUGAUGAUUAUGGAUCGCAACGCUCAGCAAAUUGUUUUGAAUUUAAUCAUAAUAUGAAAUUUGAUUGUUCAAGUCAAAGUGUCUGCGAAAAUGAAGGGCAAUGCUUUCAAGACUCUUCAGAUUGUUCAAAAAACUCAACAUACACUUGUCAACCGCGCUUUUAUGGAUCACGAUGCCAAUUUAGUUCAAAUGGAUUUGUUCUAUCACUUGAUACUAUCAUUGGUUAUCAUAACCAGCCACAUACAAAUAUUAUCCAUCAACCAAUAAUUAUAAAAAUUACUGUAGCAUUAACUGUGAUUUUUAUGGUAAUAGGAUUAAUCAAUGAUUUGUUAACUUUCAUUACAUUUAAUAAUAAAUCUAUGUGCCAAACUAGCUGUGGCUUUUAUUUAUUAAUCUCAUCAAAUGUUACUUUUUUCAUAACGCUUAUAUUUUCAUUGAAGUUUUGGAUACUUCUUCUUGUACAAAUGGCAGUUAUAUGA